AUGUUCACGCCGGCCGACUAUGCCUUCCGCGGCGAAGGCGCCGGCGCUCCAUCGAGCUUCGGUGUCGAAGGUGGCCGCGCCGGUGCCGGUGGCGAGGUAAUCCUCACCCUGGCGGAUGGCAAGCGCAUCCAGGCGCCGAAAUACGGCGUCGAGCGCCACGGCGUCGGCACCUAUCGCGCCCUGUCACCCGGCGGAGGCGGCUACGGCAAUCCGAAGACGCGCGAUCCCGAGCGCGUGCUGCGCGACGUCCGUGACGGCAUCGUGAGCGCGGAGAGCGCCGAACAUGACUAUGCCGUGGCAAUUGCCGCGGAUGGCCGCGGCAUCGACCGCGCACGCACGGAUAGAUUGCGUAACGCCCUGCCCUGA